AUGGGAUCAGUAGCUCAGGGUUUCUCCAAGUCUCUCGUUAUGACCGUGCUCUCUGAGAUCGGGGAUAAUACUUUUUUUGCAGCUGCAAUACUGGCUAUGCGACAUCCCCGACGACUUGUCUUGUCUGGUUGCCUGUGUUCUUUGAUUGUGAUGACGAUUAUCUCUGCUGUUGUCGGCUGGGCAGCUCCAAAUGUGGUCUCUCGUAAAUGGACUCAUCACAUUACAACAUUGUUAUUCUUUGGGUUUGGAAUAUUGUCCUUUAAAGAUGCAAUAUUUGAAGAAGGGGACGAGGACGAAUUGGCUGAAGUUGAAGCAAAAUUGGAUGCAGACAGGAAGACUAACAAAGGAGCUACCAAAAAUAGCAAUAAGGUUGAUGAUGAUUUGAAAAAGCAUAAACGGCCAUUUUUGUCGCAGUUUUUCUCCCCUAUCUUUUUAAAGGCUUUUUCCAUCACCUUUUUUGGUGAAUGGGGUGAUAGGAGCCAGCUGGCUACCAUCGGGUUGGCUGCAGAUGAGAAUGCAAUUGGCGUGGUUCUUGGAGGGAUUCUAGGACAAGCAUUGUGCACUGUUGCUGCUGUUGUUGGAGGAAAGAGUUUAGCAUCUCGGAUAUCUGAAAAAAUAGUUGCACUCUCAAGUGGAAUUCUCUUCAUCAUUUUUGGUAUCCACUCGUUCCUUUCUCCAAUCGAAUCAUGA